CUACCCAAUUUCUCUGCAGGAUGAACGCGGAACAUAAAACACGUAAUGUGAUAUCCCCUCAUUCUCAUAUAUGGAUGCUUGGUAUCUUGUUACUGGGUCAAGGAAACGAGGAGAAAAAUGUGGUGCGAAACAGUCACACGACUCUCUCCUCUCAGCUCCCGCAAUGGUCUGUUGAGAAUUCUGUGCAACAGUAGGAUCCAU